AUGAAGCACUGGGCAUUGGCAUUUUUCAUAGCCAUUUUGAUCCAAAAACAGUGGCACCAUGUUCAAGUUGAGGCAGGGGAUAAUUUUAUCAGAACAAGGGGAGUGCAUUUCAUGCUGAAUGGGAAUCCUUACUAUGUCAAUGGAUUCAAUGCCUAUUGGUUGAUGUAUGUGGCUUCUGACCCAUCUCAAAGAAACAAAGUCUCAGCUGCUUUUAGAGAAGCUUCAAGCCAUGGCCUCUCUGUUGCAAGGACUUGGGCUUUCAGUGAUGCCGGUUAUAGACCUCUCCAAUACUCCCCUGGCUCUUACAAUGAACAAGUCUUUAAGGGGUUGGAUUUUGUUAUAGCUGAAGCAAGAAGGUAUGGAAUUAAGCUGGUAUUGAGUUUGGUAAACAACUACGACAGCUUUGGGGGCAAGAAACAGUAUGUGAACUGGGCUAGAAGUCAAGGACAGUACUUAACAUCUGAUGAUGAUUUCUUUAGAAACCCUGUUGUUAAAGGAUAUUACAAGAACCAUGUUAAGACUGUUCUUAAUAGAUAUAACACCAUGACUGGAAUUGUUUACAAGAAUGAUCCAACAAUCAUGGCUUGGGAGCUUAUGAAUGAGCCCAGGUGCACAUCAGAUCCAUCAGGAAGGACCAUUCAGGGGUGGGUAAUGGAAAUGGCUUCAUAUGUGAAGUCAAUAGACAGAAAUCACUUGCUGGAAGCUGGGCUUGAAGGAUUUUAUGGACAAACAACACCUCAGAGGAAGAGACUCAAUCCUGGUUAUAAUAUUGGAACUGACUUCAUUGCCAAUAAUCGCAUCCCUGGGAUCGAUUUCGCUACAGUUCACUCCUAUCCUGAUAUAUGGUUAUCCAAUUCAAAUGAUCAAAGCCAGCUUUCUUUCCUGGAAAAUUGGCUCAGCACCCACAUUCAAGAUGCACAGUACCUUCUCCGGAAACCAUUGCUCAUCACAGAGUUUGGAAAGUCAUGGAAAGAUCCCAAUUUCAGCACCUACCAGAGGGAUCUUCUCUUCAACACUGUCUACUACAAAAUAUAUGCGUCGGCCAAGCGUGGCGGUGCAGCUGCCGGAGGCCUGUUUUGGCAACUCCUGACUGAAGGCAUGGACUCAUUCAGAGAUGGGUACGAUGUAGUCCUGAGCCAGAGCCCCUCAACUGCAAAUGUGAUUGCUCAACAGUCCCACAAGCUUUAUCAGAUUCGGAAAAUAUUUGCCAGGAUGAGGAAUGUUGAGAGGUGGAAGAUGGCGAGAAGGGGUCAUUGGUUGGCUAGAAACAAGGGCAAGCCUAUUGGAAACUAAAAAGAUGAACUAAUAUAUGAAAAUUGAAGUGUUAACAAAGUCUUUUCUAAGUGAAUUAAUAUGUGUUGUGAGAGGUUUUUUUGGGAAGUGUUUGCUCUCUUAGAGAUGAAUGUUGUUUGCCCAAGAGGGUAAUUUGGGUAGAUUAUUGAAAGCUGCAUUGUGCAAUAGUGAGACUCGAACUUGGAAAUCACAAUGCAUAGCAGUGAGGCUCGAAUCUAUAUAUCACGCCCGAUAGAGUAUAAUAUAUAUUUUAGUUGGGAAGGAAGCAUGCUUGUUCCUUUGCAACAUUCUUGCUUAUUACAAAUGUAAUUGUUGCCUAGUUUUUGCAUUUUACUUGAAUUGUAAUACCUAAAUUCAUAGUUUGUAAGAUGAAGAAAUGGCUAUAAUAGAACAGCUUAUGAAUUUGAUUUACAG